AUGGCGACCAACGGGAUUUCCAAGAAACUCGGAUCUGAUGGGCCUACGAUCAUCCCGUUUGACGGGCUCGAGCCCAAGUGGACGACCCCGGGGGCCACGGAGGGAGGCUUUCUGCGCUGGCUGAUCAGCUGGGUCGGCGGGCCCAAGGGGUACGUGAACCCGAGUCUGGGCCAGUCGUUGAUCAGCGAGAACAUCUGCGUCGGGUACAUGAAGUUGCUGGCCGGCAAUCGCCAAAAGGGCCUGCACACGCACAGCAUCGUCGAGAUCUACCUCGUCCUCCGCGGCGAGCUGGAAGGGUACGACGGGCUGGGCCACAUCCACCGGGCAGGGCCGAUGGAUCUGACCUACAUCCCCGUGGGCGUGCCGCACGCCGUGCGGGCCACGACGCUCGAGGACGUCGAACUGAUCUGGAUCCACGACGGGGUCGAGAUCAAAGGCACGUCCAUCUACUACUGGGACCCGGAGACGGUGCCCGAGGUCGGGGGCAUCGACGUGCUCCGCUUCAACGACAUGCAUCCCUCGUGGGAGGCCCCCAAGGCCAAGCAGUCCCCCUUUCUGCGCUGGGUCAUCAACUUCGUCGGCGGCAAGGAGGGCUUCAUCAACCACGACCGGGACCACGCCAUCGUGAGCGAAAAGGUGGCGCUGGGAGUCGAAGUGAUCCUGUCCGGGAGCGGACAGGUGAGACACAGCCUCCCCGGUGCGGCGCAGUGCUACGUCUUCCUGCAGGGUAGCGUCUCUGUCGAAGCCAAGGGCCACCACGGCCCCUCGUCGACGCUCAAACGACUCGACGCCCUCUGGGUGCCGGGCGGAGCUGUCCACGCUUUGAAGAAUGUGGGUGAAGAGUCUGCCGUGGUGUUUUGGUGCCAUGAGAGACCUCAGAAGGAAGGUUCCGUGGUCUACGAGCUUGAGUGA